UCUAUGUACUUGUAAUAAAAUAAUACAUGUACUUAAAAAUUAUAUUAUGUUAUCGGUGAUAGAAGUAUUGCAAGAAUACUGCAUAGUAUAAGUUCGUUUUAUUCAUUUAUCUCGUGCAGUUGCACAUGUGCGACAGGACGAUACACACUAAGCUGUUUAAGAGCAAUAAAUAGAAUUCAAUACAUUUUACGGUGCUGUAGUGCAAUUUUAUCGUGAAAAUGUUUUGUGAUUUAUUUAUUUACCAUUAAUACUCUCUGUUCAUAUAAGAUUACUAAUUCAGAAGUUAAAGAUAAUGUUUUAAUACGUGAAUUAUUUUACUUUUCCUUACAAUUAUCUAUAAACACAAUUGGAAAAUUCUCUAUUAUUUUAAAGAUGGAUGAUACUGAAGUAACAAAGUAUCUCUCUGAUGAUAAAGAAGCUAACAUCAUAACUAAAAUGUUCAUAUCGCUGAAAGAUGAAGAAAUAAAAAGAAACAAUUAUUAUUUGAACUUGGUAAUCGAAGAUUUAAUUAAAAAAAUGAAAGAAAUAGAUGAUUUAUUUGCAAUAUCAUACAAAAAAAUUAUAUUUUGUGGUAGUUUUUAUAAGAAUACAAAAGUAGGGAAGCCAAAUGAAUUUGAUUUAAAUGUUGUUUUAUCUUUACCCAUACAUCCUAAUAGAAUAAAUCUCUGUUCUACCCAACCAGGAUAUGUUAAAAUUCAAAUAACAGAUUCACUCCCAAAUACCAAUUCUCCAAAAUAUAAUGUAACAAACACAAAAAAUCAGAAAAGGCUGAGGAAGUUUAUAAAUAAUGGUUAUCUUAAUCCCCAUCAAUUUCGUUCUUGGAUUGAAGGAAUUUUAACUAAGGCUAAUUCACAAUUGCCAUUAGUGACUAAAUAUGGUACUGUCAAACUAAUUAAAAUAAGGAAAAGUGGUCCUGCGUUUACAUUGGUAUUAAAUAUUUUAUCACAAGAGGAAAAUAUUCAUGUUGAUUUUGUUCCUGCAUUAAGUUUUGAAAGACAUGGAAUUGUUGGUUGUACUAUAAAUUUCAAUGAAUUUCAAAAAUAUAGAAAUAAAGAAUGGUUUGCAAUAGCAGUGGCCAAAGAUAUUCAUGGAAACAAUGAAGAUUAUCAAUGGAGAUGUUCAUUUUGUUAUCAAGAAAAUGAAAUUCUUGCAAGAAAUGGUCGUGCAAAAGUUGUCAUACGUCUUAUAAAGAAAUUGAGAGAUACACAAAACUGGCAUUGCAUAGCAAGUUAUUUCAUAGAAACAUUAUUUUUAAACAAGUUAGAGGAGUUGAAGGGGAUCUUGAAUAAUAAAUCAAUAACUCAAUUUUUUUAUUUGAUGUUAAAAGAAAUGCAUUGCGCUUUUGAAAAACACAAGAUAGAAUAUUUUUGGGAUAAAAAUUAUAAUUUAUUAGGAAGAAUUGGAAAGAUUGAAAUGAUGAAUAUAUCUUGUACAUUGUGUAAGAUCAUAAAGAAUAUUGAAAGACUUGCAAAAACAGAAACAUUUAAAAUAUCUAAAUAUAUUUUGACUGCAAAUGAAUUUGAAUUAUUCCAACAAGAAUAUAAUAGAAGAGAAAAUAUAAUCCAUAUUAUUAAUAAUGAGGUACAAGAUGAGACACAAGAUGAGACAUUAAAUAGGGUACAAGAUAAAUCAUGGUGCAUAGUAUCAUAAUGUGUCCACAUAUUUUUUAUAUUUUUUAUAAUGACAAUAAUAGAAGUAUUCAUAUAUUUAUAUACAUAUGAAUAUUUAUAUUAUUGUAUAUAU